AUGGUUGCCAUACCUCCAGUUCUUGCACCAGGCCAUGGAAAAUCACCAUCCAUGAAGAUCGAGGGCCAUGAUUCUAUGGCGCCGAGUGUCAAGCCAAGUCUAGCACCAAGUAAAGCGCCAAAGUUGCAUGAACCUGUGAUAGCUGAUACGAGCAUCGAGGGCUGUGAUUCUCUAGCACUGAGUAUCACACCAAAUGGCCAUGAUGGUCCAGCAUCAAGUAAUAAAACUCCAAAGCGCCAUGAAUCUGCGAUAGUUAAUACAAUGCCAGAAAGUAGUCGCUCUCAAGGCGAGGGUGUCGCCACUAAGACCUAUGAUGCUCCUAAACCAAGAACUGGGGAGCCAAAGAAACAACAGGCUGCGUAA